AUGACGGACGAGUGUGAACAGUUGAUUGAAAGUGAAUCGAAAGUGAAUGACGGGAAAGUCGUUGAAGUCAAAGAGGAUUUCCGGGACGAUGUGGCUGUGCUUCGUGCUUUGGCCAUCUUAGCCGUUCUCGCUUUUCACCUCUGGCCAGCCACAUUUCAAUAUGGAUAUCUGGGUGUUGAUGUCUUCUUUGUGAUCUCUGGCUUUUUGAUGAUGAGAAUUUUGACCCGAUCAAAGGAAGGGCCGAUUCUACUUUUUCUCAAGUUCUACAGAAGAAGAGUGCGAAGGAUUGUUCCGCUUUAUUAUUUCGUUAUGUUUCUAACAGGUCUCACCCUGGUUUGCCUUUACACGCACGUUUACAAGAAACGCUAUUUUCCUUAUUAUACUGGUGCUCUGCUUUUUGCGACGAAUUUCAAAGUGCAACCGGCGGGUGGUUAUUUUGAAAAGAAAACGACAAACAUUCCUUUUCUGCACACUUGGUCUCUUGGAGUUGAGAUGCAGUUCUAUGUGGUGGCCCCGUUUUUCCUUUAUCUAUCGAAGUUAUGCACGGCAAUAAAGCCAUUUUACCUUCUUUGGCCUGCGUGUCUGCUGUUUUCUUUGUACUAUCAAGUGACCGCUGAGCCGAAAGACUCAUUCUAUCAUCCGAUGGCUCGAUUGUGGCAAUUCUUGUGUGGAAUGUUGGCAAUAGUGUUCUUGGAGAAGCUCAAAGGCAAGUCAAUUGGUGAAAAU